UGUCAAACAACUCUUUCUUUCUAUGAUUUGGUGGUGUUUGAUUUUUGUUUCUCAAGGCCUACUUCUUUACCAUAAUAAUCAAAAACAAAUGUCUUACAUGAGGAAGAGCUAAAUAAGAAUGCACAAUAAGUAGAUUGUCUCAAGUGUAAAAACCUUUCCAAGAAUCGAUCAUGUGGACAUUGUGAUGUCAUGAUGUAUGUUACACAACGACGUCAUUAAGUACCAUUGUUUGUUCGAUAAAAAUGAAGACAGGUAGAGUUUAGGAAAUUGCAAGUUGAGACUGUUUAGAACAUUUCAACCGGAUUCUAAGACAAAAAUGAAUUUCGAAUGGAACUGAUACAAAAAGUAGUCCGUAAAUAUAGACGGAGCGAUUUUUUGUUAUCAGGUUAUUGGCGUGAUAAAAAGAUAAAUGAAGCUGUUUCAUAAUACUUGCAUGAUAAUAAUGGUAAAGGAUUAUUUCAAUCAUUUAAAGAGAGAGUGAAGAAUGUUGUAUCGUGAUGUGUUAUGUUAUAGUUGAAAUUAAAAAUAAAACGGGAUAUUAUUAAAGACAUUCGCGGAGAAUAACGAGAGAACAAACUGGUAUGUUCGUGUUUUCAGUUACUAGAGCUAGUGCCUAACCCGUUAAACAGCUCCACUGAGUGCUGCUUACUGGUAGCUUGUAAAUAUAUUUCAAUAUUAUUCAAAAUUCAAAUGUCUGUGCAAAUAUUUUGUACUCGUAAACAAUUCAUCGUUGCAAAGGCAUCAGUUUCAACCUUCUUUUUUAUUUACUUCGGACUUCUAAACUGUGUUUUUCGCCCCGCUGUUGUUACUUCCAACACUAUCAAAUAUACAAAGAGAAAAGAAGUAAUUACAUUCAAAAACUAUUUGAUCUAACAGUUUUAGAUUGUUAUGACUUAACUCGCACUUAUGCGUAAUUUCCAAAUUGAUGAUUCCUACGACAAGUCAUGUUACAUAUAGUAGGGAAAACAGCCAUUCAGAAAGUUGUCACGAAAGGGGUUAAAGCUGACAUAUGAAAUGUUGAAUUUCGGAACCAUUUCUUUCCUUUUCGUUUGACAUGAAAUUUAUCGCGUAGUUUGGGAAUUUCCUACUUUCGAUUCAAAAUCAAACAGGUGAUAAAGCUUAAAUCUUAAUAGUGUAAUAAGAUAUUUAUAAAAAUCCAUCGCUGAUGUGUUAACUAAGGUUAUUCUUGUCACAGGUGAGAUUAAACAGGAAGUGAAGAUGGCAAAACGGAGAAGAGAUGACACCUAUGCUCCCUAUGGAAAUAAACGACUUUGUUCAAUUUCUGACAGAAGAAAGAAGUCAAUUGAUGUUUUAUACGACAUCAUUUCUGUAGAUAAAGACGACAAAAGAGCUUCCAGAGAACUUGUCGACGACACUCUGAAAGCGAUUAUCGGUCACAUUAGAAACAACCAGUUGUACGGCUACAUAUACGACCAUCGUAUAGUGAAAGCCGGAAGUCAUCCUAUUAAUGCCAAAAUAGGAUCGGCGGACGAAUUUGACACUAAUAUCCUUCUUAACCUUGACAAGAAUUCUUGGUAUCGAUGUAGUGAUUCUAAUGAAGGAAUAGAUUACAGUUAUGUCACGAACGAAAAUUCUAAUAUGCGUCAUUGUCGAAGGUUUUCCACUGGUUUUGAUGUUCCUAUUCCUAAUGGAUGUGCCGUUGUUGAAGUGCAGAAUAUCGGUAAUACACAGAGGUUUAUUCAUACAGCAGAGAGAAAAAUAACUGUGCUUAAGCCAGUAUUUGCUGGAUAUGGAAGUUUCACUGUACCUCAUUAUGAUACCGUUAAAACAGAAAUCAACAGAAACAGCGACGGAAAAAUUGAAAUACUACCAAGGGAUAUAAAACAAGAUUUCCACGCCAAAAUAAGGACGGCAAUAAGUGAUUUAAGAAUGCAUAAAGUCAAAUUAGAUGAAAAUUCCCAUGGACCAGCAUUAACGUUAACUUUAUCACCAGACAGAAAGAGAGGUGUCGAUCAUAACAUAAGCGUAGACCUGACGGUUUCGCUUAAAUGCUCUCUUCAGCUUCAAGAAUUUAACUGGCCUAGGUCUGCAACAUUGAGAGCAUUUGAUGAAGAACUGAUUGAACGUGCCAUCGGAGCCGGAAUCCAUCUCGUUCCAAAGAAGGACCUGUUUUGGUCAAUAUCGUUCUCUCGUACAGAGAGAGCUCUGUUAUCUGGUAUUGAUGCAGACUCUGGUUGCAGAAAAAAGAUCCUUAAGAUACUGAAGUGUUAUCUAGAACAUUGCAAAUCUGAGUCUCCAAGUGAUCUGCAAGGCAUCAGUUCACACAUUUUAAAGACCCAAGUGUUGUGGUCUUGUGAGACUCAUGCAGAUGAUCCAGACUACUGGAACCAUGAUAACAGAGUUGUGUGCCUCAGCAACACGAUGCGAGAAUUGGAGCAGUCCUUAAUGGAAGCAGAUCUAGAUGAUUAUUUCAAUGACUCGAUUAAUCUUCUUCAGGGGAAAGAUAGUAGAAUUCUUUACGAACUGGCGCACUAUUUGAACACAGAAAGGAAGAAAUUGUAGCGUAAUAAUGUGCUGAAACACGCGUCUAGUAAACAUUAACAUUCGAAUUUUAGUUUACAUUUCUAAAUAAACACAUUCCUGUACGCAAUUCUUGUUUCAACAGAAUCAUUAUGACAUAAUUAUCUAUUUCAUCAAAAUAUCAGUGGUACAUUUUAUGUAAUGCUCAUGUAUUCCAACUAAUGGUAAAUUGUUUUAUUAGUCGUCAUUAUGAUAUAAAAGCUAAAUGUGCAUCCUGUGAAGUACGUAACCAUACGGUCGUCAAUUACAUCGUGUAUAUCACAAUUAUGCUAGUGUGGUAAACAUAACGAAAAUGCGUGUCGAAAGAAAUUGUACAAACGUUUCCUCCAAUCGACAUUGAAUUUCUUACUUCCUUUAAUUAUUAAUUUGUACUUUGUUUUUUUUUAAGUAUGACUGAAAUACUAUACGUAUGCACCUGUUGGUACUGUAUAAAAGACAUCUGGUAAUCAGUCCCUCGUUACUAUAGAGGAAGUUUAUGUGAGAGAAAAGCAGUCCCUCAUUUCAUCAUAUAUUUGAUUGAAAAUAGACAUCCUGAGCUGCUGAAAGUAACGCAAUUGUAU